AUGUCGGGCAAAGAGAUGGGUUACAACACUGAAGAUAUAUAUUUUACAUUUGAUUUUGGAAACCAAACCUUGUUCGAUACACUUUUUUUUAUUGGUUUUCCUCACACCCUGAAGACGAGAAUUUUAUUGUUUGUUGGUUUGUUACCUAUUUAUAUAUUGACCAUUUUAGUGAACAGUUUUCUGAUUUGCACUGUUAUCUUCAGUCCUCAGUUGCACACACCCAUGUAUUAUUUUCUCUGCAAUUUGUCUUUUAUUGACAUGUUUUACUCAUCAAAUCAUGAUCUAAAAAUGUUGUUUGACGUAUUUACUGUAGAAAGAAGAAUUUCGGUGACCGGCUGCCUGACACAAAUGUACUUUGGUUUGAUUCUAGGGGGUACUGAGUUUGUGUUAUUGGCUGUCAUGGCGUAUGACCGGUUUAUCGCCAUUUGCUUUCCCUUACAUUACACCAUCAUCAUGAGCUGGAGGACAUGUAAAUACAUCACAGUCAUUAUGUGGUCAGGGAAUAUAAUUUUAUCCGUAAUCCCGACCAUAGGAAAACCUUUUCUAUUCUGUAGAGGAAACCAGGUCAAUCAUUUUGUUUGUGAGAGUGUAGUCCUUCUAGAGUUGAUCUGUGGAAACAUUGUCUUCUAUGAAUUAUUUAUAUUUAUUGGGAGCUUGUUUAGUCUAUUCUUACCAUUUGUUUUCAUUGUUUUCUCUUACAUCUGUAUCAUUAUAUCGAUAUUAAAUCUCAGCUCAGUAGAUAGCAGAUCAAAGACAUUUUCCACAUGUGCUUCACACUUGAUUGUGGUUUUUAUUAUCUAUGGGACGUGUAUGACCACGUACAUGAGGCAAGAAAAAGGGGAUUCAUCCAGUGUAAAAUAUGUUUCUAUAAUAUAUAUCAUCAUUGCUCCUUUAUUAAAUCCUUUCAUUUACAGUUUAAGGAAUAAAGAAGUGAAAAAAGCAUUUUGGAAAAUGUUGACCAGAUAUUCAGUUCCACAUUCAUUAUAA